UCUCUCUCUCUCUCUCUCUCUCUCUCUCUCUCUCAUGCAAGCAUGAAAUCCUCAAGCUUUGAAUUCCAUCCUUGCAAGAAGUUUUGUGGCAACAAUCCCACCAAAACCAUCUAUUUCUUGAUGGUUCUCCCCUUCUGCAUUUUUUUGGCUCUGUUUCUUCUCUCUUCUCCUGUGCCAAUAUAUAAGCAGCUGUUCUUUACUAGGCCUUCCCACCAUCAAAUUCUUGUAAUCCCUAAAGUGGAAGAUAGCUGUGACUUAUUUUCGGGGGGCUGGGUUUGGGAUCUAGAAGGCCCCAUCUAUACAAAUUCGACGUGCCCAACGUUGCCAGACUCAAAGAAUUGUGGGAAACAUGGGAGGAUUGAUACAGAUUAUAUGAAAUGGAGGUGGAAACCAGAUAGUUGUGAGCUCCCGAGGUUCGACCCCAAAAGAUUUCUGAAUCUUUUUCGCCAUAAAAAGCUCGUAUUCGUAGGAGAUUCAGUUGCAAGAAACCAGAUGGAGUCCCUUCUAUGCUUGCUUUCUCAGGUUGAGACCCCAACUGACAUCUACCACGACCACGACGACAGGUUCCGGCGAUGGCACUUCCCCUCCCACAAUUUCGUCCUCGCUGUCUUCUGGACCAAAUUUCUUGUCCACGCCGAUGAAAUUAUCAGAAACGGCCUUCCUUCUGGUGAAUUCAACAUCCACCUCGACCGCCCCGAUGCAAACUGGACACGUUCGAUCGCCCAAUAUGAUGUUGCAGUAAUCUCUGAUGCCCACUGGUUCUUCCGACCGUCCACAUUCUACGAGUCUGGUCACCCGAUUGGUUGUCUCUAUUGUGACAGCAACAAACGAAAGCUCAAAGAUUUAGGGUUAGCUUUUGCCCUUCGAAAGGCUUUUCAUAGCGCUUUAAGAGCUUUGAAAGAGUGCGAUGAAUGCAAAGGCCUGUAUUUUGUGAGGACUUUCUCGCCAGCUCACUUCGAGCACGGUUCAUGGAAUGAAGGGGGGCGGUGCAAUAGGACAGAGCCAUUGGGUCCAGAAGGGGUUAGCGAGAGUGCUUUCGAGUUAGAGGUGAGGGAAAUUCAGGUGCAUGAGGUAAAGAAAGUAAGCAAAGUAAGCAGGGACAAAAGAAUUAAGGUUUUGGACGUAACAAAGGCCAUGAUGGUGAGGCCAGAUGGACACCCUAACGAGCACUGGCACGGGCCAGAGAUGGAAGCAUUCAAUGACUGUAUUCAUUGGUGCUUGCCUGGUCCGGUCGAUGCAUGGAAUGAGUUGUUGAUGGAGAUGGUGGCGAGAGAAAGGUCCAAGGAGUGAGACGAAACAUUGGUAAGACAUGAAAGACUACCAAGAGUUUUUGUUGGUAUAGUGAAAGGUGGAGAUGGGGAUUCUUUUGGUCGAAAAUCCUGAUAAAACCCAAAAUACUGUUAAAACUUGUGUUUGACCGGUCCAACUAAUAGGACAAUUAAUACAUGUUUUUUUUUAAAAAAAAAUUUAUGUGUAGAACUGAAGAUAUUUGUGUUAUUACGGCUUGGUCCAAUAUUUUAGGUAAUUUUA